AUGGAACAUUACCAGCUCAGGGAGUGGAACGAUCAUCUACAACAGGAAAGGAGGGUCCCAGAGUACUACUACGCUGAUGGUGGAAGAGAGGCUGUUCCCCCAGCGAUGAUCACUGUACGCGAGGGCCACGAUGAGUCGUAUCUCACGGUUUACCCUACACGAGAUAUCUUCUGUGUUACUUCCGACAGUGGUGAAUCAGUCUUUUGGUCAGGGGAUAGGAGAAAUAUCAUUCAUAGUCUCCCUUUCGCCAACAGUGCCUCCAAAACCCUGGGUGUGCAAAAUUUCGCCAUCGAGUUCGACCCCAGUUGGAACCGUUUCCUUCCAGCCAACAUAUACACUUUGAAGGAGGAGAAAUCCGCUCGAGGUUACUUGGCGAGGAUGCUUGAAAACCUAGCAGACUGUUCAUUUUGGACCAAACUGUGGCUUAUCGACAAGAAUGUUCGUUGGUCCACAACAUCUGACAGGGAAGUUGGCCCGGUAUUCUAUGACUACGACCGCGAGUACGUUCAAAUCGAGGUUUCCGAUACCGACCCUGAUCCAAAUAGUGGAGCGAACGAGAGCCCUGUGGCGUGCUUCAUACGAAGGCUUGGGGAAUUGGGCGAUAAGGAUUACACGGGGCGCUACAUGCGCGCUGGCGACGAUGAAGUCGACCCAGGUUUUUGGGCCACCGACCCCUCCGAGUUCUUGGUUAAGGAGUGGAUUAGGCUCUUGGUUCGUCGAGACAACCAGGUUGUCGGCGAUGUCGAUGGAUCAAAACGGAGUAUGAGGUCUGAUAUGAACAUUGAGUCGAGUUAG